AUGACGUUACCGAGGGGCGAUGGCUUCAGUCGAGAUCAAGCCGCUCUGGGCUGGGCGCUGCCAUCACAGCGGCAGGCGGGCAGCUCCGACUCAGCGUUGUCCCAGCCACUAAAGGAGUUGCUUGGCUGUGGGUGGGGCGUGGUGGAGAAGGAGGGGGGUCCCUCUGCGUGCCACGUGGGAAUCUGCACACCCGCCACCCCAGGCGAGCCAGCUGACGGGGCUGUCUGCUCCCCCGGGCAGGUGCGGGUCCUCAAGGAGAAGAUCGAGGCGGAGAAAGGCAAGGAGGCAUUCCCCGUGUCGGGCCAGAAGCUGAUCUACGCUGGCAAGAUCCUGAGCGACGACGUCGCCAUCAAGGAGUACAAGAUCGACGAGAAGAACUUCGUGGUGGUCAUGGUGACCAAGACUAAAUCCAGCUCGGGCGCACCAGCCCCUGCACCUGGUGAUGCUGCGCCAGCCAGUGCCCCGGAGCCAGCCCCGUCAGCGGGGCAGCCGCCGGCACCUGCAGCUGGAUCUGAUGCCAUCCUGUCCCCGCCUGCGGCGCCAAGCGAGGACAAGCCCCCAGAGGAGCCUGCUGUGCUCCCACUCCCGGAAUGCACUACCGGCUCUGUUCCCUCUUCAGGUAGCGUGGGGCGCCAGGACGACGCGGCUUCCACCCUGGUGACCGGCUCAGAGUACGAGACGAUGCUGACCGAGAUCAUGUCCAUGGGCUACGAGCGGGAGCGGGUGGUGGCCGCGCUCCGGGCCAGCUACAACAACCCCCACCGAGCCGUGGAGUACCUGCUAACGGGCAUCCCAGGCACCUCGGAGCCGGAGAGGGCCCCGAUCCAGGAGAGCCAGGCCCCAGAGCAGCCAACGCCAGAAGGCGAGAACCCCCUGGAGUUCCUGAGAGACCAGCCCCAGUUCCAGAACAUGCGGCAGGUGAUCCAGCAGAACCCGGCCCUGCUCCCGGCCCUGCUCCAGCAGCUGGGCCAGGAGAACCCUCAGCUCCUGCAGCAAAUCAGCCAGCACCAAGAGCAGUUCAUCCAGAUGCUGAACGAGCCGCUGGGUGAGGUGGCCGACAUCUCGGACAUCGAGGGGGAGAUCGGGGCCAUUGGCGAGGAAGCUCCCCAGAUGAACUACAUCCAGGUCACUCCUCAGGAAAAAGAAGCCAUAGAAAGGGUAAGAGGGAGGCUGGCUGCUGAGGGUGCCCCAGGGUCCCUGCACUGGGCAGCUGCCAUGAGGGGGGGCCUGGAAGCUAGCAUUCCUGGGUUCUCUCCCCUGCUCUGGGAAGGCAGUGGGAUCUAGUGGUUGGAGGCAGGA